AAGAUACCGAUAAUGGACAAUCCAUACUCGAUUAAAUUCACAUUUGUAAACCCAAAUUUAUGUAAAUGUUGGAGCGUAUUAGCAUUUACAGAAAGUUGAGAAUACGUAUAAACAAUGGUUAAAUUCGAUUGGCAGGUUAUUUCUUAACAACAAAAUAACUUAAAACAUUAAUAAUUUAGAAAUAUUCUAUUUUGAUAGUAUUUAGUUUAAACAAUAAGUAUAUUUAUUUUUUCUAAAUUUUCUAAAUAUGUUAGAGAAAACUCAUAUUAACGGUCACAUUUUAUUUAACGUUAAACUGCAUUAAUUAAUUUCUUAUGUUCACUUGAAAAUACGUUUAUGUUUGUGUUUGAGUGUUUAAUCUCUUAUAAAUAUGAGACAAAAUUUCAUUCUAAAAUACCAGAUACAAACAUUUUAAUAUAUUAUAUUAAUAACAUUUGCGACUUAUUUCGAAAACAUUGGCACAAUGGCUCACACUUCUUCCCGAACUACUAUCGUAUUCAUUGUUGUUGCUUUGAUUUGUGCGUUCGUUCCUGCAUUCUCUGUUGAAGAAGCUGAAGCAAAAUCACUAUGGGAUACCUGUCUUCUUAAAAUCAGUCCAAAAUGUGCGUUGGAUAUAAUUGGUGUUGUCUUUGAAAAUUUAACCAUCACUGAUGCAUGUUGUCAUGAUCUUGUACAAGAAGGAAAAAUGUGUCACGAUACUCUUAUCAAAUAUAUUGCUGAGAAGCCGCAUUUAGUUGCCCACGAAACAGAGUAUUUGAAGAAAAGUGAUGAUUUGUGGACUCAUUGUGUCUCAGUUUUGCAAACUGCCUAAAAAUAUGUUAUGCUUGUAUUGAUCUACAA